GGGCGGGGCUGGGCGGGACCGGCUGGCGCGGGGCCGCGGCGGGAGCGCUCCGCUGAGCACCAGGUCGCGCGCGGCCGAGUCGCGGAGGCGCCGCCGCUGCAAUCCCUGCGUCUCCAAGCAACAUGGCUGACAAGGCCAAGCCCUCCAAAGCUGCGAACAGGACGCCCCCCAAGUCCCCGGGGGACCCCUCAAAGGACCGGGCGGCCAAGAGGCUGUCGCUGGAAUCGGAGGGUGCCGGUGAGGGUGCAGCCGCGGCCCCCGAACUCAGUGCCCUGGAGGAGGCCUUCCGGCGCUUCGCGGUGCAUGGAGACACCAGGGCCACUGGGAGGGAGAUGCACGGCAAGAACUGGUCGAAGCUGUGCAAGGACUGCCAGGUGAUCGACGGUAGGAAUGUGACGGUCACCGACGUGGACAUCGUCUUCAGCAAGAUCAAAGGGAAGUCUUGCCGGACCAUCACCUUUGAGCAGUUCCAGGAGGCACUGGAGGAGCUCGCCAAGAAGCGAUUCAAAGACAAGAGCAGCGAGGAGGCGGUUCGCGAGGUGCACAGGCUCAUUGAGGGCAAAGCGCCCAUUAUCUCAGGGGUGACGAAAGCCAUCUCGUCGCCCACAGUGUCGAGGCUCACAGACACCACCAAGUUCACGGGCUCCCACAAGGAGCGCUUCGACCCCUCUGGCAAGGGCAAGGGCAAGGCUGGCCGCGUGGACCUGGUGGACGAGUCGGGCUAUGUGUCCGGCUACAAGCAUGCGGGCACCUACGACCAGAAGGUGCAAGGGGGCAAGUAGCCCCCGCUCCAUGCCUCGCGGCACUGCCGGUGUCCCUGGAGCAGGGACUCUGUCACCUCGCACUUCAUUACAUUCCUGUGCUCACUCGGGCAGAACUCAGACGGGUGCCCCAGAGGGGGCUGGGGGGAGGCCAGGCCCAGGCCUCCCUCCUGCCCCUCCUCCUGCCAGAUGCCCCCAGCACUCCCCUCUCGAACCAGGUUUGGGCCCCAGUUCACUGACCCUCCUUAUACACCUGCGUCCUCAACCGUUUCCAAAGUGUCUCCCGGAUCACACCACAUCGGGCACGUGGUUUGCAGGUCAAAGGGGUGUUUUAAAGGAGCUGGCUGUCAUGGCAACAGGAGGCUGUGCUGAUCUCCUGACUGGCAGACACCUUCCAGGAGCCCUGAGGGUGGCAGGAGCUAAUCCCAACCAGCAGGCAACUAACACGGAGUUGGCCCCACACCGGGCAUGGGAGGUGUCUGUGGGGCCUGAGGCCUGUACUGUGUGCAGUGGACACCACAGGGCCUUCCUGCUUUCCUGGGCAGAGGGCAGAGUGAGGCCAUCUGGCAGGGGUACUGGGCACCUGGCACAUGUGUGGGGAAGCCGGUCACAUGGACACAAGUGUGCACACAUGCCUACAGGCCAGCUCUGUGCCAAGGGCAACGUCGGAAAAAGGAAAGCUGUGGGGGACAGUGGGCGGCUUCCCGGCUGACCACAGUGGCCUGGACUGUGAGGGUGGAGUCAGCUCCCUUUGCUUUCCUGAGUAGACGUGGUGGCUGCCUGUGUUCUCAGAGCAGGUCUAGGAAGAUUCGGAAUGUCUGGUCCCCGUGGUGUUGCCAGGCAAGAGACAUGAAGUGCUGAGACACUCCUCGCCUCACUGCGUGACAGGGCCUCUGCCCGGCCCUCCCGCUUGCCCAUCCUCACUAGCUGCACCCUGCUUGCUCGCAGACCUCCCAUUGCCAUAGCCCAAGCGCCUUCUUCAACUCUCCUGAAAUGACUCAGCCUAACCUCUCCCGGCCCCUCCCCCUAGAGAGCAGGACACCAGGGAGGACCCCUAAGCCUGUAGUGUCUGUGGGGGUUUCUCUGCCAGUAGAUGGCCAAACAGAGCCCAUCCAGGACCCUCCACGCUGCCAGGACACACCCAGGCGGCCUGCCCUUGCCUGUCUGCACCUGGGGAGAAGCUGGCACUCCUGCUCCCUCCUGGGGAGGCUGAAGGGUGUGGCUACCCACUGUCACAAUGGCGCACUGCCACUGUCCCUUGGCACACAAACAGCCACAGCUGCGCGUGUGACCUGCUGGGUUGUGGUUCUGGAGUCUACCUGAGGAUGAGCCUGCGGCAGUCUUGGGGAAACGCUUCCAGAGCCUGUUAGCCCGUGGCUACGGUGAGGCUCUGGCCAGGGCAGGGGUGCCCAGGGCCAGGCUCACAGCACAGGAUGGUGAGGCUCCUUCCUCACUGGCACGCAUGAGCGCCACUCGCCUCCCCUGACUCCCAGGAGUGUACCUGCUGCGGCCACAGCCCUGUGGAAGGACUCCCCUACCUGAGCAGAGCAGGAGCCGCAGGGCUGGAGCUCCCAGCCAGCAUGGUCCGCUGAAAGUUGGGGGUCUCCGAGGCCCCUCAACAGACUGCCGCAGGCUCAUCCCCAGGUAGACCCCAACCUGAGGAUGGGGAGGACCUGGCAGGCAGCUUCCAUGGCAGGGCUGGGAAGUUCGUGGUGUCUGGCAAUAAAGACCAAGGAAAAAUGAACCUCAGGCUUCGUGGCUCCUUUAGGAUGUCACCUCACCGGCCUGGGGAAGGCGGGGGGUGCCCAAGCCCAGCCCUGUGCCCCCACUGAACCUGGCUGGACCGCGUGUGAAAGGCAGAACUAACGUACGGAAACAUUUGAAAACAACUCUGAAUGCGCAGUGUGGAAUCGUCCGAUUACAGGCGAGCAGUCACUGGAAUUGCCUGAUCACAGCCCAUCACAACUCCAAAGCCCUUGUGUUGAAGAGGUUGAGGACGAGCUGUCACCGGAAUCACUGAUCACAGAGAAGCGGGCCAUCAGAAUUGGCCGAUCACAGACGAGCAGUCGCCGGAAUCACCUGAUCACAGACAAGCGGGUCACUGGAAUCACCCAAUCACAGACAAACGGGUCACCGGAAUCGGCCGAUCACAGCCCAUGACAAUUCCAAAGCCCUUGUGUUGAAGACGCCGAGGAUGAGCAGUCACCGAACAGGGCGGCUCCCCAGGUCCCGGAGCCUGAGACCCGAAGGACCCUGGCACCCUUACACCCUCGGACUCCUGCCCUCCUCGGCCUCUCUGGCCCCAGCGCGGCUCCACCCUGGGCCGCAUCUCCUGGUCGGAGGCUGCGUUUCUCCUUCUUCUGUCUAUGGGCAACCCGGUCGCCACAGUCACAGCCAAGUCACACAGAACGAACGUGACUCCAGAGGACCUUGCCCUGGAGCUGAGCCUGGCGCCGGGUCAGGACGGAGGGACAGGCGGAUUGGGGUCCGCGGGUCCCCACACGGCACGGCAGGCACAGAGGCUCACCAGGCCUUGCUGCGGUCUGUGGGGACGAGGGACACUGAGGAGAGGGGCACCAGGACCCUGCCUCCUGGUCACUGGUUGGCCUCAGACAAGAAUGGCUUCAAGAGCCAAGCGCAUUGGGAGCACACCAGAAACCGGCCCUGAGCACGAGAAGCGUCUCCACCCGGCCUGGGCAGCACCCGACCCCGCAGGGAACAGGCCCUGUCACCGACGGGGCACUUCGUCCACGCGGCCAGCACCGACUCACCACAGCCCUUCCCAGACCUGGCUGGAAUGACCGGAGCGGUGGGGCUCAUGGCUCCCAUCUUGGCCCCUGGAGGUGAGCUCCUUUGCAGAAGUGGACCCUUCACUCUGAGGAAAGUUGUGGCAUGCAUUCUGAACCCUAGGACACCCCUGUGGGUUUCGUGAAUGAGAUCGAGGCUGCUGUGGCACCCAGCCCGUCCUAGCCUGGAGCACCGUGGGCUCCUGGAGGGAGAGGCCCCACACCCCCCGCUCUCCCUCCACACUUCCAGGGUUGGUGCCCACGUGUCAGAGGCAUGGCCUCCCCUGCGUCCCGCCUUCCCUCAAUGGCCCCCAGGCUUUCCUCAGACAUGCGGGAGCCAGGAGAGCCCCCUUCUCCACUCGGCUCCAAAGCGAAUCUUUGAAAACAUCCACUCCGCUCCCAUCUCUGUCACCUAGCCAGGAGGGGUAGCAAAAAUUAAGUCACGAGGGCAUAGUGGUCACCAUUGUCAGUUAUAGUUUGUCUGUGGAAUCUGUAAUUGCAUCUGUGUGCCGCCUCCAAACACAGAACAUUGUUUGGACAGCAGCCCCACUGCACGUAACAGACCCGUGCAUCUUCCUCAGUUUCUGAAUAUUGUGAAUUCAGGCAGGUGUGUGUUCUCUUCUGCAUGUUUUUAUGCACUGCCAAUUAGCUUCUACUAACCAUGGUUCAACAGAAAAUAAAUGUGUAUUUCUGAAUAACAGAAACCGCACAGCCUGCAAACCAGGAGAGGGACAGGUUCUGUCGGGGGUGACCAGGAGAGAGGGGCAGGUUCUGUCGGGGGUGACACCAGGAGAGAGGGACAGGUUCUGUCGGGGGUGACACCAGGAGAGGGACAGGUUCUGUCGGGGGUGACAUGAGGAGAUAGGGACAGGUUCUGUCGGGGGUGACAUGAGAUAGGGACAGGUUCUGUCAGUGGUGACACCAGGAGAGAGGUACAGGUUCUGUUGGGGGUGACACCAGGACACGGACAGGUUUUGUUGGUGGGUAACAACAGGACACAGGGACAGGUUCCGUCAGGGGUGACACCUGGAGAGAGGGACAGGUUCUGUUGGUGGGUGACAUGAGGAGAAAGGGACAGGUUCUGAUGGGGUGACACCAGGACACAGGGACAGGUUCUGUCGGUGAGCGACACCAGGAGAGAGGGACAGGUUCUGUCAGGGGUGACACCAGGAGGGACAGGUUCUGUCGGGGAUGACACCAGGAGAGAGGGACAGGUUCUGUCGGGGAUGACACCAGGAGAGAGGGACAGGUUCUGUCGGGGGUGACAAGAGGAGAUAGGGACAGGUUCUGUCAGGGGUGACACCAGGAGAGAGGGACAGGUUCUGUCGGGGGUGACACCAGGAGAGAGGGACAAGUUCUGUUGGUGGGUGACACGAGGAGAAGGGACAGGUUCUGUCAGGGGUGACAGCAGGACACAGGGACAGGUUCUGUCAGUGAGUGAUACCAGGAGAGGGGGACAGGUUCUGUCGGGGGUGACACCAGAAGAGAGGGACAGGUCCUGUUGGGGGUGACACCAGGAGGAGGGACAGGUUCUGUUGGGGGUGACACCAGGAGGAGGGACAUGUUCUGUUGGGGGUGACAAGAGGAGAUAAGGACAGGUUCUGUCAGGGGUGACACCAGGAGGAGGGACAGGUUCUGUUGGGGGUGACACCAGGAGGAGGGACAUGUUGUUGGGGGUGACAAGAGGAGAUAAGGACAGGUUCUGUCAGGGGUGACACCAGGAGAGAAGGACAGGUUCUUUUGAGGGUGACACCAGGAGAGGGACAGGUUCUGUCGGGGGUGACACCAGGAGAGAGGGACAGGUUCUGUCGGGGGUGACACCAGGAGAGAGGGACAGGUUCUGUCGGGGGUGACACCAGGAGAGAGGGACAGGUUGUGUUGGGAGGACAGUGCUGAUCGUGUCUCAGCAUCAGGAAAGGAGAAAGGCAGAGGGAGCGCAUUGAGAAGACUGUUCACACCAGAGUACUUAUUCAUUUUUAUUUACUGCUAUAGGAUAAGCAACCAGGUAGUGUUCAUAACAGCUAGCUUUACCAAAAUUAAAGUUCAAAUUAUAUGUUUAAAAUAUUGUAGCAGAAGAUUUAUGUUUAUACUGGACUAUUUUUACACCUUCUAAUAUCCUGUCCCAAGUUUGGGCACAGAUGGUGGAGUUGGGCUGGCAUCAUGUCCUGUGGCCGCCCCACUUGCCUGUCAGUGCCGCUCCAUCCCAGACCCCAGGGGUGCCAGCUCAGGGCCGACCACAGCAGCCCUGUGUGGGCAUCACCUCCUACCCCGGCCCCCACCCUGGGCUGCUGCAGCCGCCUGCUUUUGUGAAUGGUGUUUUGUUGGCGCAGGGCCUGUCCUGUGUGUUCACACAUGCCUGUGGCUCCUUCUGCUGUACAACUGGAGUGGGGAGGAGUUGAGAUGGAGACGCCUUGGCCCUGGACACUUAUCUGUCCCUCUACUGGCCCAGCUCAUCUCCUCCUGUGGGCAAUCACAUGUGCACUGGCCACCCUCCCACCCCACACCAUGAGGGGAUGGCACAGGGGGACGAUGAGGCUGGACAGUGAUGUUAUCAAUAGGCCAGAACAUCCUUCAAACACUGAACCUGCAUCUUUCCUCCUCUUACUACUGAACAAUUUGUGAGCUCUGGUGGUCCAGAGUGUGGCAUUUGUCCCCUGGCCUGUGUUGGGGAAUAAUGGGCACAGCGAGAUGCUUGACUUCUUUCUUUCGACCUCUUAAAAAACUAAACUAAGCCAAACCACAAAGGAAAUCUGCACAACUUAAGAGAAACUUGAAAGGGAGCGUGUAACUACUAGUUUGUACUAAGGUUUUUUUCAAGAAAGGGAAACAAAUUUAUAUAUAUAUAUAUAUGUGCAAUAUAUUUUUACACCGUGUGAUUAACAUAAGGGAGUACUGAGCGUAUCACUUUAUCAGUGUGACGGGUGAUGUCCAUGUCAUGGCUGUUCUGACUCUGAAAGGCACUUCUGCCAACGUCUAAACCGCACUCACUGGGAACGUCCGCGGGGUGGGGUGGCUGUGCUGUCCCUUCUGCAGGUGAGAGGCGUGGUGUCGCCUGUUGGACUUGCUGUUGAGCCUGGCUUGCAAACCUGUAGUGAAACAGCUCAUGUCUGUGUGCACAUGCCCCUGUGUGUCUGCUGUCAUUAACAUUGUGUGUCCAGUUGGUAAAGUGACAAAUAAAGGUGUUUUAAAACAUGGA